GUCGUUGCUAGGAUACAAGUCUUGAAAACACAACGAUAAACUACGGCGUUUUUAAAUGAUUAACGUUAGUCGGUCUAAUAUCAUCGAGCCGUUUAAUUUUUACCCCUGAACGUCUCUGAAACAACAAAAUGUCUAAAACCCUGUUAGCAGAAGUUGGUUGGGACGCGGGGUUUGCCAUCCCAGUAGCUGACGCAGAGAAUAAAGCAUUAGAAGAGGAGCUUCAGAAGAAGCAAAAGGAGCAAUUAAAUCUCGAGAACAAAAUAAAUAUAACCAAGGAUGUGAUAAAUGCCUUGACUGAACACCUCACACAUCUAAGGCAAGAGGUUUCCCACACUCAGGCAUUGUGCAAAGCCAGAGAGAAGGAGACUGAAUCAGAGGUGCAUUUCAGAGCCCUGGCGGAGCGAGAGACAGGCCGCUUGAAGCAGGAGAUCAGUCAGCUGGAGAAUCAGCUGAAAACACUGAAUGAGAAGAAGAACACACAAGAGAACAGCAUCUUUAAAGCCACUCAGAAGCUUGAUGAACUGAGGAGUCAGCUGAACUGGGAUCAGCAGACCCUGGAGGCCUGGCUGCAGGAAUCAGCUCACAAGGAUGAAGAUACCAUGGCCAUCAUCAAGUACGCCAAGCAGGACGAGAGCAAGAUUCGAGAGUUGACGCUGAACAUUGAGAAGCUGACUCUUGAAGCCAACCAGAAGAGAAAAAACUUGGACAGUGAAGUCACUGAGACUGUUACAGCACAGAUUGCUCUUGACAAGACAGCCGAGAGCUUUCGUCAGGCUCACACUGAGAGACAAGAGAUGAUCAGCCAGUGGGAGAACACCAUUGAACAAAUGAGAAAAAGAGACCAGGAGAUACAGCAGUGUGCCAUGUCGCAGACAGAGGUGAACCAAGUGAUUAGAGAGAAGAAUGAUAUGCUCAAAGAGAGGAAGGACUUCAUGGAGCGCGAGAUAGAGAACAAUAAGGAGCUGGAGAGGAAUAUAAGCACGGCUGAACGUCAAGCGCUUCGACUCAGGCAGCAGCACCAGGUAGAGGAGAGGAACCAAAGACGUCUGCAGGAUGAGGUGGAUGUGCUGAAGGGAACUUUAGACCGAACAGCCACAGAUGUGGAGACCACCAGAUCUCAGUUAACCAGCAUGAAAAAGGACAUUCAGAACAAAAUAGCUAAAGUUGAAGAGGCAAAGCUGCAAAACUCUGCUCUGAAGGAGAAGCUGCGGUUGGUGAUGGAGGCGGUGCUGGAUGGUGAAGAACAAGCAGCACAGAUGGACCAACUGCGUAAAGAACAGGAACAGAACAUCAAAGAGAUCGAUACUCAGCUGCUCCGGCAGAGAGAGCUGAUGUUCAGAAAAAGUCAGGAGCUGCAGGGAAUGCGUGAUAAAGAGAAGAACAUCGCGGCUGAGAUCUGCGCCAGCCGGGCCGCUCUCUCCAACCUGGGUAGCAGACUCAGCAAACUGGACCAGAACCUGCUCAAACGGCAGAUGAUCGUCUCCAACCAGGACUUUCAGAUCCAGAUGCUGGAGAGGAAGACUUUACAUUUGCAGGGGAAAGUGAACACAGAGGAGAAGGCAGCUCUGGAGAAGAGGGCCUCUGAUCUGGAAGAAGCUCUAGAGGAAAAGAAUAGGACAGCCACCACCCUCAGCACACAGCUGAAGAAACUCCAGGAUGAUAUCCGCUGCGUUAGGAAAGACACAGAGAAGGUCGGAACUGAAAAAAGAGAACUGACCACCAAGAUCCAUGAGCUGGAACUCUUCAUUGACAACUCUGAGAAAGAUCAGAAGAAACUCAGGCUCAAAAAACAGGACAGCAUGGUGGAGAAAGGUCUCCUGAAGUUGGAGGUGCAGCGGCUGAGAGAUCUACUGUAUGACCGAGCAGAUGGAGUGCUGAGCCUGGAGAAGAGACGUCUGCAGCUGCAAACAGCCAUGAAAGAGAGAGAGGAGGAGAUCCGUGUGCACCGAGAGAUGCUUUCUAAACAGAUCAAGCUCACUGAACAGGAGAGACAAGGGCUCAGUGCUGCGGUGAAUGAGAGACUGUUCAAAAUUGACAAGAUGAGGAAAAGGUAUGAGAUCCUGACUGUUUCUUUGACUGCACCAGAGGGAGAAGAGGAGAAAUCCCAGGCCUACUUCAUUAUAAGGGCAGCUCAAGAGAAGGAAGAACUCCAGCGGCAAGGGGAUGAUUUGGACAACAAAAUCCGCAAGACAGAGAAAGAGAUCCAUGCAUUGGAGAACACCCUGCAGGUCGUCAACAACUGCAAUACAAGCUAUCGCAAAGCCCUGACCAAAGUCACAGAGUCCAGUCCUGCGCACCAGGAGAAACUGAAGCUGGAGGAGCAGAGACGAGCAGCCGAAGAGAAAUACAAAUACAAGAAACGGCAAAUCCGAGAACUGCAGGAGGACAUUGAGAGCAUGUCCCACACAUUGGAUGGUCUUCUUCAAGAGGAAGCAGUCCAGAAUGAGAGUGUUGAGAGGACUCAAUCCCAUGUGCUCUCUCUCAACAAAGACAUCCUCUCUCAGGAGGAGAAACUCAAUCGAGCCAGCAAACAGUGUGCCAAAUAUGCUAGGGAAAUUCGGUCUGCUAAAAACACCAAUGAGAAGACCUUUGAGGAACGUGACAUAGAGCUACGAGAACUCAGAGACUUUAAUAAAAGCGUAAAUAAGAUGCUCCUGGAAACCAUGGAGGAGAAUCCUGACCUGUCAUCUGCACUGCAGAUACGUUUUAUGCAGGCUGGUCUGUCCCUGCCUUCUCCCGCUUCCACUCCAUCCAGCCGUCUGAGCUCAAAGAUCAACUCAGCCCGCAGUUCUGCUUCACUCCAUCGACCCUCUAAUCCAUCAGCCAGCAGCAGUCCCAGAAGCCAGUCUGUCACGUCCCCUGCAGUGAAGACACUGGACCUGGGUCUGAGCCUCUCCGUCACGUCCCCACAAGGAUCUCAGCCACCCAGCGCUGGCAGCAGCAGGAGCAGCAAGUGCAAAAGCCCUUAGACAGAAGCAGACACCAGUCUCUCUGAAGACCAGAGAAGUUAUGUCUAACUACACCAGUACCACCGUUCUUUUUUAAUUACUUCAAUUCAGUGUUUCUUUAAAACGGCUUUGGUUGUUUAAAAUUAUUUUUUUAUGUUUCAAAGAGAACUUUUAGACUUUACUGUAAACACACAGUUUGAUUAUUGAGAUUUUUCUUUUGAGUACAGACUCAGGUCUAGUUUUAUUUUACUACUCACUUUGAUUGUGUUAAAUGGCAGCAACAAGAGAGAAACAAUAAAACCCUACAUUCAAUAAAUGCUUUGGCCCGUGAGAAAUCAAAGGUAUCGGGUGAACAAAUCAGAAAUCAGAUGAACUUCCUUUGUGUUUGUGCCGUCGGAGCUGGGGUGUGUUCAGCCUCAUUAUUCGUGGAAACCCAUGAGACGCAGACCGCCCUCAGACAGCCUAGAAACCAGAAGAGCCACUGAACGUUUAUUCAGACACGUUCCUCCUUAAAGAUCAGAAACAUGGAGAAAGUUUGCGUCCUGUUUGUUGGAUUUCUGUGUUUUUCUGUGGGACAGUCGAGCACUACUGUUGAUCCUACAACAACAGAAACAACAUCAGCUCCACCGACAGACAACUGGCCAAUGACUGCUGCACCAUCAACUCAGCAGCCUGUAAUUACUGGCAUGAGAAUAAAUGUCAAAUCUCUGGUUGAUCUGUC